AUCCCCUCCGUGUCCCGGAGCCCAGGGAGCGGAGGCGGGCGGGCCGGCGGGCGGCCAUGGACGUGGACUGCGUCUCGCUGCCCGACGCCCCGGCGGGCGACGUGGAUGGCGGCGCCGCCCGGCCGUGGCCCAAGGCCGUGACCAACGGCGGCGUCCACGAGCUGCUGGAGUGCCCCGUGUGCACCAACUCCAUGUUCCCGCCGAUCCACCAGUGCCCCAAUGGACACACGCUGUGUUCCACAUGCAAGGCCAGAGUACACAACCGUUGCCCUACCUGCAGGCAAGAGCUGGGCGACAUCAGGUGUCUGGCGCUGGAGAAAGUCGCCGAGUCGCUGGAGCUCCCCUGCAGGUACUACUCGCUGGGGUGCCCGGAGAUCAUGCCUUACUACAGCAAGAUAAAGCACGAGGCGCAGUGCGGCCUGAGACCGUACAACUGCCCCUACGCCGGCUCCGAGUGCGGCGCGGCCGGCGACAUCCCUUCCCUCGUCUCCCACCUGAGGGACGACCACAAGGUGGACAUGCACAGCGGCUGCACCUUCAACCACAGAUACGUGAAAUCCAACCCGCGGGAGGUGGAGAACGCCACCUGGAUGCUGACGGUGUUCCACUGCUUCGGCCACUACUUCUGCCUGCACUUCGAGGCGUUCCAGCUCGGGAUGGCGCCCGUGUACAUGGCCUUCCUCCGCUUCAUGGGGGACGAGAACGAGGCCAAGAACUACAGCUACAGCCUCGAGGUCGGCGCCAACGGGAGGAAGAUGGUGUGGGAGGGCACCCCAAGGAGCGUCCGCGACAGCCACCGCAAGGUGAGGGACAGCCACGACGGCCUCAUCAUCCAGAGGAACAUGGCGCUCUUCUUCUCCGGCGGGGACCGGAAGGAGCUCAAGCUCAGGAUCACCGGACGGAUCUGGAAAGAGCAGCAGACACCAGACGGCGCAUGUACUCCAAAUCUGUGCAGCUAAUUAAGCAAUCUUCAAACAAACAACACCUUGCCUGUCCUUCUUUCUCUUUCUAAUUAAUCGUGGUGGUGGUGGUGGUGCUCAAAGGGAUUUAUUUAUUUAUUACUAAUUAUUAGGAGGAUGUAGGAUGCUCGUGUAAAUGAAACUGUGUAUAUUAUAUGGAUGGCAUGGCAUCCCUGGCCUU